GAUCUGAUUCAUCAUUAAUUAAUGUCUUAUGUCUAACAUGAAUAAAUUUCAUGUACAAUUAUCUCAUUGAAAGAAUGUAUGAAACGAUAAAAAAAGCUUUAUACUUUAUUUGCAUGACAUUUUUGGCCAAUAUGAUAAAAAUUUAAAUGGCACAAAUGAGGUACCAUAUACGUAGUGCAAGAAUAAAGAUCACUGUCCAUAACCAGUUAGGCUAAGAAUAUCGCCCAAGUAACUUUCAGUUUCUACUUUAAACACUUGGCAUUUAUUUUAAACAAGGAAGGUAACAUGAGAUCAAAAUGGAAUCUAGAAAGAAAGAGAACGAAAUUUCUACGGAAACAGAGCUUUAUCAAAGACAGCCGACUCCUUUCAAAGAUCAUGAAGAUGGGCAAAUAAAAAGAUCUCUUGAUGCCGAUGGUACAUUUCUAUGUAGAGGUGGUAAUACUGAUAAAAACAAUGGAAGCGAAACAUCCAUACAUAAUAUCAGCAGUGUAUUUUCAAAGCAUUUGAGUCUGCCUUUCAAUCGAGGAUCGAUAGCCGGGAAUGAUAUUUUUGAACCUAUUUUAGCGGUACAUUCCAAUGAAUACAUAGAACAAAAAAGAGAAGGCAUCAGGCAAAUUGCAAAAGAUCUAAAUCCGACAAUCAGUAUACCCAAAUUAGAUGGUAACCCGUCUCUCUCAAGACCUAAGUUGCCAUUUCAUCCAUGGAAUAAGUUUUUCUGCUAUCCAAGUUUAAAUCCAGAUGUUUUCUUGAGUGAAUUUGAUGAAACAUUUGAUCCCCGUGAAAGACAUAAUUGUCAGGAAACAUACAUUCCUGAAUUAAAUAUCGAAAAUCAAAUUGUAAAUUUUGAGCUGAUUAAUUUUGUGUUGAAAGAAACUGAGGAAACUUUUCAUGGGGGAAAAUCUCCUGAAUAUGAAAAGAUUUGCACAGACGUGAGAAUAAUUUUGGAAAAUGUUUGUAAAGAAAUGGCAGUCCACCAUCAUGUUUUCAAAAAUUAUUCUAUCAUUGAAAUGGGAAGCAUGGUUGAAGGAACAAAAUUUGGUGACCCUGACGAGUUUGAUUUCAUGAUAGAUCUUCCAAAUUUAAACCAAUCUCUGGAGUUUUAUACUGAAGGCAUUAAUACCUUAGGUUUAAAGCAUGAAAACCGAGUCGUCCGUGUGAAAAAUAGAAACGUUUUUGAAGACUUUAAAGAUCUCUCAAAAGAUUUAGCAGAAGGAGGAGACGAUAAAAAAUUUAUGCGACGAGUCUGGAAUGAAAUUCAGAUAGAACUAGCAGACGUCAUGAAGAAAAAUACAUUACCUGGUUGGAAGUGGCUGGACACGGUUCCAGCAUUUACGUCAACCUUAGCACAGACAAACAAACUGCUUUGGAAAGGGAACAUUUACAGGCAUUUAAUCGUGGACUUGGAUAUCUGUAUUUCCUUAAAACCUCCAGAAUUCGAAACACAUAUUGAUUUUAAUCAAGACAUUUUAGACAAAUCUCGACCAGGUAUCAGCACCAAAGGCAAACGAAAAUACAACCGAAGAGAAGAAAACAUUUACUUGUUAUUACAGUCUGAUGGCGAGGCGAGAUGGACCAGAGCACUUCUAGAAAAAGAAAUAUGGGCGAGUUUUCCUGAGCAGGAUGGAAGGAAAACAAUUUUGCAGUCGCUUAAAUACUUUGAUCAAAGAUAUAUACCAAAACGGUAUAACGAAAUUCUCUUCAGAAUGGAACCGGCUAUCCCUUCCUACUGGUUAAAGACAAUUGUGUUCUAUUUAAUGGCUUGGUAUUAUGAAGAUGCAUGCUGGACAAAAGAUAAUUUAUCUUUUCGCUUUUAUGAGGCUUGUAUUAUUUUGAAGGAAUGUUUGUACAAGAAAAACUUAUCGAGUUUCUUUGUACCAGAUAACAUCUUAGGUAAACUGUGUCCAUUUGGAUCAGAAGAUGAGAAUUACAAGAAACUUGUGAAAGAUGUUCAUAAAGCAACAGAGUAUUUGGAAAUGCCACAGAAAUUUGAUAAAAAUGAUAUAAGAACAAUUGAAACUGAGAUAGAAAUUCAUAAUUCUGACGAAAGGGACAAGGGUAUAUUUGACUCUGUUAUUGAAUUGUGUUAUUUGUAUGCCUUCAACGACUUUGCAGAUGAAAAUAGAGAAGCUUUGCAAUCUUUCUUAGAUGGAAUGGGAAAUGAACAGUUUACACUUAUAGGUGAAGGAAGUGCGCUCAAACUACUCUACCUAGAUUCUUCAGUAGACAUCAAUUGUCAAAUAGCUGAGAAAUAUGGCGAAACAAAAUUAUAUUUCUCGUAAAAUUGCUACAGAAGAAAAUGAGCGUAAAAUACAAUAUAUUAUUAAACUGAAGUAAAAUUAUUGUUCAUUAUGUUGACCUAACUGGCAGACAAUUUUAUAUAAUAUCUUAAGAUAUGAGUAGUAUAUGAUUUCUUCCAAGUACACUGUAUGUGAACUACACGUAGAAAAAAUAUAAACAUGAAUAAAUAUGUUAUCUUUUUAAAUAAUAUAGGAACUAACGCUGUAUCCAUCAAAAACGCAAGUAGAUAUCUGGACCGUUGGUUACCAGUAAUUGAUUUAGUGCACUAGUAUAUUAUUUCACGUCCCGUACAAGAAAUGUUAACUCAGAUAGACAUUUCACCUACAUGUAUACCGGUAAAUCUUUGCCCGUGACACGGGGCAGUGGUUUUCGUUCCUAUCAGAACCUGCAAGCACUUCGUCUCGAGCGCUUGCUGAAGAACAAGUUGGUAACUAUUUAUCGACUCGGGUCUAUCUCCGCCAGAGUUCGAAAUCAUAGCCUUUUUUCAAUGAACGAGUGCUCUAACGAGUCAGCUAUCGUGACGGCAAACCAUUGGUUUAAAUGACAGUCCUGUUUAAGUAUUACCGUUGUGUUUAGAGACUGGGAAUCACAGAUCUAGAUAAGACAAUGGAUAGAAGUAAACUUUACAAGUCGGAAAUGACGAAAAGAGUGCUUCAAAUAAUCUAGACUUAGUUGUUUAAAUUGUAAGAUGAAAAAUACAAUUAAUCAACCUUUUUACGCCAAAGAUGUUGUUAUGUCUCUUAGCAGUAGAAUCAUUCAGCCACCUAAUUUGAAGUGUCUCAAUAUUGUACUGUUGUGUUGCAAUAGAUGGUUUUCUAUUGAGGGCAUUUAAGUGAGUUAUUUCCCCAUGGCCAACAUAUUGUAGGUCAACAUUCCCAGAUCCCUUCAUUAUUCAACCAACCCCAGUUUGUUAUGCUGGGUACUGGGGUAAUGAUUACACUUUUUUAUGAAUAUACCUCUGUUAAAGGCUCUGUUAAUUCAUAAUUACAAGAUUGAAAAUAUUUCGACAAAUGCAUCUAUGUUUAAAAUUGGUUGCUAAAAAUUUCACUUCUUUGCCUUACAAGGUGGCGGAAAAACUCCGAGGCAUAAUACGUCAUUUAAAAACCAUCUACUACAUCUCUUUGGGAGUUUCAGACUGGGACUGUGAGCAUAAAAGCAUAUCUAAGGAUUUUCUCUAAGCUUUCUGGAAAGAUCCGAGAUCGUAGUUAAAAAAAUUGAGUUUAAUGAUAAUUGAAUUUUGAAAUCUAGGAUUUUGAGACCUCGGUAAGUAUAACUGUUUGUACAUUUAGGUAAAUAUUAGACAAGUUACGAAAAACAUCAUCAUCAUAUAUAUUUCCAGAUCAUAAAACGAAACUAACAUGUUACAUUUUAGGUAUAGCACUAUUUCAAGAGCGGUUUGAGGACGAGCAUGCGUAUUCCUUAAAAACAGAGUAGCGAAGUUGUUAGUUCUAGAGAGCUCUAGUAAAGAUACAUAUACAUUUAUAAUUUUUAUAAUUAUUUAUAUAUUUAUAUAUAUAAUAUAAUUUUUAUUAUGUUCCUCUGAAAACUAGAAAAUUUAUCCGAAAUUUAAAAUAUUAUUUUAUUUUUAUCGGUAACAAAAGGUGUUUACAGUUGUAUGAAUUAUUCGUGGUAACUUACUAUUCAACAUAUGAUAACAUCGGACCAAAUCAUAAAUAUCUGAAUAGAUAAAUGUAUGAUAUUAUGUCAGAAAUAAAAAAAAGUACAACGAACAUUAUUAAAGCAUGUUUUAAACUCAAUGGUCUUUGCUUCAUAUACUUAUACUUCAUCAUUAUGUUAUCAAA